GCUGGAGCUUCGAAUUCCGCAGCCGGCGCAUGCGCCGAGAGAGUGUGUGCCUUAAAAAAAAACAACCCCCAAGGUUGAGGGACUAUGACCAUGUUGUUGCUGCCGCCGCGACUUCUGUAGCUACUGAGGUGCUUCCCUCCCCGCCCCUAAAGCAGGGAAGCUGGUACAUGGAGUCUGCCCCUGGUGCAGCAGAGGAGCCACAGCUCAGGCACGUAGAAAAGGAUGUUUUGAUUCCAAAAAUGAUGAGAGAGAAGGCCAGGGAACUAUGUUCUGAUAAAGUACAAGCCUUCACCAAAUGUUGCCAGGAUUCAGGCAUUCUGAUGGUGGUAAAAUGCAGAGAAGAAAAUGCAGCCCUGAAAGAAUGCGUCACUGGCUACUACAAUGAUCCAUCCUUUUAUGAAGAAUGCAAGGCUGAAUAUUUGAAGCAAAGGGAAGAGUUCAGAGAAACAGGAAAUCGUCGAAAGCAGCAGAGGCUUCCUACAAGCAUGUAGUCAAAGUCUUAAAUGUUUUGGCUGACACUUUAACUUUAUAUACCUUUGAUAUCAUGGAAUUGAAUAGAUCUUACAAUCACUUUUCCCUAACCCAAUCUUGCUGAAAUAAAUGGAGCUUGUAUGCUUUCAUAUUGUAAUACAGGAAGCCAGAAGGCGUGAUCCUCUGCUUAAAAACCUCAAAUGAAAAGUCUUCCAAGGAAGGUAAACUAUUCCAGUUCAGUUUUACACUUUUAUUCACAGUAGAAGCAAUUUUCCAGGCACCUUAAGCUAAAUUUAUACUCAUUUUUUUCAGGAUACCGCAUUUCUAAAAGCUCUGAUGUCAUAUGUAACAUCAGGCAUGAGGGCAGGUAGAAAGGGCUGCAGAAAGCGGGAUAAGCUGAUGAGUGGAGAGUUGACUCUUCAGUUCUGCUUGGGAACUGGCUCAUGUGCCCAAAUUCUGCACACCAGCUGAUGCUGAAGUAUACUACAAGCCCUGCUCCAACUUACCAGGGUUUCGCAGAAGCUGUACUGAUUUGUGUAUACGCCAAGCAUGGCAAUCUAAUCCUCACUUCCUCUUGCAGUCUCCCCACCCUGGUUUUUAUUCAUAAGGCCAUGAACUGUGAAGGAAAAUAAAGUCAAGAUACAUUCAAAUGUCCAUUGAGGUUUUCCUCCCAUCUCUUCAGGGGAAGCCCCUUUAAUUGAGAUGAACUUACUAGCAGGGCAAAAAGGCACUGAGUGUCUUGUUUUGGAGUGCAAAUAAGAGAGCAAGAGGAUCAGUGUAAAAAGGGGGUGUGGAACAGCAGCCUCCACAUGUUUGAAUGCAACACCCAUUGUUACCAAGGAUUGGCCAGACUGGCUGGGGCUAAGUGGAGUUUGGAGUUCAUCAUCAUCUGGACAGUCACAACUUUCCCUUUCUGAUGUAAAGGAAAAGCAGGGGGGGGGGAAAUGUAGAAGUGCAGGAUAGGAAAGUGUAAAAGUGCUGUUAAUUAAUGGCAUGAUACUGUAAACCUGACUGUCCAGACAGGAAGUAUCGCUAUACUAACUACACAAAAUAAAAGGUUUGUUUUAACAUU